AUGGCGCUGACGCUGCAUCAGGCGUACAAUCGGCGCUGGUGGAUGGCGUGCACCGCCGUCCUGGAGAACCUCUUUUUCUCCGCCGUGCUGCUGGGCUGGGGCUCCCUGCUCAUCAUGCUCAAGCAUGAAGGCUUCUACUCCAACAUGUGCACAGGUGAAAACAGGACCAAUGGCUCGGCUCUGGGGCUUCCCCCCCACCACUGGCCUAGCUGCGUGGAGCAGGAGGAGAUGCUGAACCUGGGCUUCACCAUCGGGUCCUUCCUGCUGAGCGCCGCCACCCUGCCCCUGGGGGUGCUCAUGGACCGUCUGGGGCCCCGGCCCCUCCGCCUCCUCGGCAGUUUCAGCUUUGCUGUCUCCUGCGCUCUGAUGGCCCUGGCUGCCUACGACCCCCCAGUUCUCUCCCCACUGAUUUUCCUCGGCCUGUCCCUGAAUGGCUUUGGGGGUAUCUGCCUGACGUUCACCUCGCUGACGCUGCCCAACAUGUUUGGGAACCUGCGCUCCACCUUCAUGGCGCUGAUGAUUGGCUCCUACGCCUCCUCGGCCGUCACCUUCCCCGCAGUCAAGCUGAUCUACGAUGCCGGCGUCUCCUUCAGCACCAUAAUGCUGACCUGGUCGGGCCUGGCCUGCCUCAUCUUCCUCAAUUGCCUGGUCAACUGGCCCAAGGAGUCCUUCCCGGCGCCCGAGGAGGCCAACUACACGAAGAAGAUCAAGUUGAGCGAGCUGGCACUGGAUCACAGGGUGACAGGCGAUCGGUUCUACACCCAUGUCACCACCGUGGGGCAGCGCCUGAGCCAGAAGGGGCCGUGCCCGCAGGAGGGCAAGGAGCUUUGCCCAUCCACGCAGGACCUGUGCCACGGGGCCACGGUCCCUGCUGAGUACUCGAUCCCCUUCCGCCGCAGCGUCUGCUCCCCCAUCUUCCUGUGGAGCCUGAUCACCAUGAGCAUAACCCAGCUGCGCGUCAUCUUCUACAUGGCAGCGAUGAACAAGAUGCUGGAGUUCCAGGUGACGGGCGGCAGCCAAGACGUGCCAGAGGAGCUGAUGGAGAAGGUUGAGGACACAGUUGGGUUCUACGCCUCCAUCUUCGGGGUCAUGCAGCUGCUCUGCCUCGUAACCUGCCCCUUCAUCGGCUACGUGAUGGACUGGCGCAUGAAGGACUGUGUGGACGGGCCGCUGGGCACGGGCGCCACUGCGGCAGCUGGGGCCGGGGCUGAGAAGUCGCCUGCUAGGCCCCGUUACCGCAAGAUCCAGAAGCUCACCAACGCCAUCCGGGCCUUCACCUUCACCAACCUGCUGCUGAUGGGCUUCGGGGUCACCUGCCUCAUCAAUAACCUACCUCUGCAGUUUUUGACCUUUGUCCUUCACACCAUGGUACGAGGCUUUUUCCACUCUGCCUGCGGGGGUCUCUACGCCGCCGUGUACCCGUCCAGUCACUUCGGCACGCUAACUGGCCUGCAGUCGCUGAUCAGCGCCAUCUUUGCUCUGCUGCAGCAGCCGCUCUUCAUGGUCGUGGUGGGGCCCCUGGCCGGCGACCCCUUCUGGGUCAAUUUUGGCCUCCUGAUCUUCUCUCUCCUGGGCUUCCUGCUGCCUUUCUACCUCUGCUACUUCCGGCGCGCCCUGCUCCGGGACCAGCCGGCGCUGGGAGAGAUCCCGGACCUGGCUGAGGGCGCCCAAGUCAAACUCCAGGACAGCGUGGCCCUCAAUGGCAUGCUGAGUGCUGACGACACUGCGGCAUAG